UGCAUUACCACAGGGAAGGGUGGUGGGGUGGUAGUGGAUCACCACACUGAACCCCCCCACCCCCUCUGUUCACAAUCAUUCAUUCGUUCAAUCAUUCCUGGGAAUUUAGGCAUCACUGGCUGGGCUAGCAGUAUUGCCCCAUUCCUAGUUACCCUUGAGAAUGUAAUGCAGUCCUUGGGGGCAGUGUCAUCAGGGAGGGAAUUUUGACCCAAUUACACUGAAGGAAUAGCAAUAUAUUUCCAAGUCAGUGGCUUGGAGGUGGUGGUGUUCCCACGUACCUGCUGCCCCUGUCUUUCUAGACAGAAGUGGUUGCUGGUUCGGAAGGUGCAGCCUGAGGAUCUUUGGUGAAUUUGUUACUGACUGGGCAUCAUGCCUGCUGUUGCUGCCUAACAUUGAUACUUGUUGGGAGAAUUUACAAUUAUGUACAUGCCUUCUUUGUUUGCCAAGUUCUGGAGAGGGACUUGAACCCAGAGCUUCUGCCUCAGACACAGGGGACAUGACCCAUUUCUAGAUGACAGAGCUCAUGAGUUUAGAAGGUACCAUCUAAGGAGCUGUGAUAAUCUGCAGCAUUGCAUCUUGUAGAGCAGUGAAGAGAAUGAACAUUGAAAGUGGCAGAUGAUAUGUUAUGCAGCUUUGUUUUGGAUGGUGUCAAGAUACCAAGUGUUGUUGGAGCUGAACCUGUCAGGCAAGUAGGGAGUGUUCCAUCACAUUCCUGAUUUGUGCUUUGGGCUUAGAAAUAGGAGGUGAGCUUUACGCUGUAGAAUUCCCAGCCUCUGGUUUAGUUUUUUAGCCACAAUAUUUAUAUGGAUGAUCCAAUCAGGUUUUGGUCAAUGGUAAGCUCCCCUGAACAUUGUUAGUUGGGAAUUCAGUGAUGAUAAUGUCCUUUAAUGUCAAAGGCAAUGAUUUGAUUCCUGUUCUGUUGGAGAUGGCCAUUACUGGCACUUGUCUGGAAUAAAUAUUACUUGCCACUUAUUAGCCCAAAGCUAGAUGAUGGGUGGGUAUAGGCGAUGGCCUAAUGGUAUUAUUGCUAGAUUGUUAAUCCAGAAACCCAGCUAAUGUUCUGGGGACCUGGGUUUGUGUGGCAGAUGGUGGAAUUUGAAUUGAGUAAUAUUCUGGAAAUGACCAUGAAACCAUUGCUGAUUGUCAGGAAAACCCAUCUGGUUCACUAAUGUCUUUCAGUGAAGGAAAUGGUCGUCCUUACCUGGAGUGGCCUACAUGUGACUCCAGACACAGCAAUGUGGUUGACUGUUACCUGCCUACGGCGCAGUUAGGGAUAGGUAAUAAAUUCUGGUCCAGCCACUGAUGCCAAUAUCUCACAAAUGAAUUUUAAGAAAAAUAUUGUCCAGGUUUUUCUGCAUUUGGAUGCAGAUAGCUUCAGUAUCUGACGAUACAUGAAAUUUGCUGGUUGUGCAACUAUCAUUAAAUAUCCCCCCCUUCUGACAUUAUGGUGGAGAGAAGGUCAUUAAUGGAGCAGCUGAACAUGGUUGGGCCUAGUACACAACCCUGAGGAACUCCUGGAGCUAAGGUGUUUGGUUUCCAACGGUGUAAUGGUCCUGUUCCUGUGCUGUAGUGUUCUGAUCACAACCACCGUCCUUUGUGCUAGACUAUGAGUGCGAAAGGUUUGAAAGAGGCAGUGCAGAAUGCUGCCAAGGAGUUCCUCUCCUUUGUGGAUAAAGGGGUGUCCCCCUACCAUGUUGUUGAAGAGUGCAAGCGACGACUUUGUUCAGCUGGCUUCCAGGAACUAAAGGAGGUUGACCACUGGGACCUGAAACCUUCCAACAAGUAUUACAUGACAAGGAACUACUCUACAAUAAUUGCCUUUGCAGUGGGAGCCAAGUACACACCAGGGAAUGGAUUUAGCAUGAUUGGAGCUCACACAGACAGCCCCUGCCUACGGGUGAAACUCAGGUCGAAGAAGUCGCAAGUGGGUUACCUGCAAGUCGGAGUGGAGUGUUACGGCGGUGGAAUCUGGAAUACUUGGUUUGACCGUGACCUCACAGUAGCCGGCAGGGUUGUGCUGAAGAAUGGAGACAAAGUGGAACAUCGCCUGAUCAACGUGGCUGAACCAGUCCUUCGCAUCCCUCACCUGGCCAUCCACCUGCAGAGAGAGAUUAACGACAACUUCGGACCCAACAAGGAGAACCACCUUGUUCCGAUCAUAGCUACAGCGGUACAGGAGCAGCUAGAACUGGGAGUGAAAUCUACUGGAAAUGCCUGUGAUGCCACUCAAAUGUCAGAGAAACACCACUCAGUCCUGUUGAACCUGCUUUGUGCUCAGUUGGGAGUGAAUGUGGACAAAAUCAUAGACUUUGAGCUGUGUCUGGCCGAUACUCAGCCUGGGGCUCUGGGUGGUGCUUUCAAAGAGUUUAUAUUUGCCCCACGACUGGAUAACUUACACAGUUGUUACUGUGCCCUGCAGGCCCUAAUUGAAUCAUCCGAGGAGCAAGGCACACUGGCUGAGGACAGCAAUAUCCGAGUGGUUACGCUAUUUGACAACGAAGAGGUUGGAAGCCAGAGUGCUCAUGGAGCAGGCUCCUCCUUGACCGAGUUAGUCUUGCGUCGUCUGUCUUCCAGUUUCGACAACCUGACUGCAUUUGAGGAAGCUAUUCCCAAGUCAUUCAUGAUCAGCUCGGACAUGGCACAUGCUGUACACCCCAACUAUGCAGACAAACACGAGGAAAAUCACAGGCCAGCGCUCCACAAGGGACCAGUGCUUAAAUUUAACAGUAACCAACGAUAUGCCUCAAAUGCUGUCACUGCUGCCAUUGUGCGAGAGAUUGCUAACCGUGUGGGUGUCCCACUCCAGGUAACACUGCUCUCCAUUCUUCCCCACGUCUUCCCUCCAACUUCAGGCCGGAGGUCUGCUGGACAAUGAUGGAAGUGUCACAGAAAUUUGGAAUUCAUUCCCUGUAAGGCUAGGUGUGCUGGAGGGGGAUGGGAAGCAAUUACAAUGCUCAUAUUGAAUGUUUGGUUGACUGAGGGAAAUCGAGCUAAUCAACAUCUUGAGCAUCGCCAUCACCCAAAAACCCCCUAAUUGAAUUGACCACAUCAGUAUUCAGUUCAGAGGCUGGGAGUUCUGCCUUGAGUAGCCCACCUUCUGAUUUUUGGGAAAUCUGUGUUACAAUGUAGAGGCAAAUAGGUUUUCAGUUCUAUGACUUUUUACCUUUUGAAGGUCAGAAGCUUUUUUUUUGGUAUGGGUCAAAGCAGCAUUUCCAAGAAAUGUAAGCUAAAUGAAGAGACAAGCUACUUGGUGAGAUAAUCGUUGACGUGUUUUCUAAGUUGCACAAUGACUACCCAGAGAAAGAAAGGCCAUAGGAAGUGUAGCU